GUAGUGCUGACUUCUUCCAUAAAAUGGAUAUAUGUGUAGUUUGUUUUGUGCUCAUCCUUUGGACGGUGACACAAUCAGUGCCCUUGCAAGCCGAUGACCUAUUCCCUCAACUCCAUGAGACGACAACGCAGAUGCCAAUGCACGUCGUCCAAAUGGGAAAAGGUCUAGAACGCAUUCCCCCAGGAGACAGUUUCGUAAGGUCCAUCAAUUUCGCCUACAACCACAUUGCGGCAUUACCUCCUUACGUCUUCCAUCAUAACCAGUACAAGACAUUGCACAGAAUCGAGCUGUGCCAAAACAAGAUAUCAGAAAUCAGCCAACGCGCGUUCAGAGAACUGAAACAACUGAAAAUGGUUGAUUUAUCCGGAAACAACAUAACCAUCAUAGACCCCAACACCUUCAAACCCAAUCCGAGGCUGGAGAAAUUGGACCUGUCCUACAACAAAAUCAGCUUCAACCCAAGUAGAUCGUUCCUGCAGUCCCACUCACUGGAAACGCUGAUACUGUCCGAUAACAAGAUCGAACAGAUCUACGAAGUCACAUUCUACAAGCUUCCAAAGUUGAGGAACCUCAUGAUGGACAACAAUAUUAUAUUUCUUAUAGAACCGAACAGCUUCGCGCCGCUAGGCAACUUGAUGUAUCUCUCGCUAGUAAAUACAGGCGUUUACAGAUUAAGCGAGAACAUGUUCCCGAACCAAUCGUAUCCGAGAAUCAUAGACCUGACGGACACGCCGUUGGCCAACAAGUUCAACCCUCCUUUAACAAAAGUAAAGAACAACGCCGUGGUCAACCUGAUCAACAUAGACAGAUACUUUUAGUGGUGCCGCAAGGUCUUUACAUUGAAGAAAGAGUUGACCGAUUAAGGUUUCAGGCACUUGCCGACGACUGAUUUUGAAAAGUCUGUACCUUGGAUCCAAAUAGUAUUAUUAAAAUUAUUGAAUUGGUGAUGUUAGUUAGAGUCUAAUCUGAUGAGGAGAUUCGUAGAUAUGAAUUUGACGGAAGACACAUCUACGGUACAGACAUAUUUAUGGCUUGGAGAAUGUGAAUAUUUUGAGGGUAUUGACGUAUGUAAAGGUGAUACAGAGAAGAAUGAAUGAAGACUGGUUGUAAAUUUAAAGUUAUAUACCACACUAGACUUGUAAGGACAGUCAUAUAUAUAUAAAAAUACCGAAUUACUAAUUAUUAACUUGAAAUUAGUUUCAAUGUUUUAGAAGCGAUUUAUAAUUAUAAGUACAGUGUUUAUUUAUCAAAAGAUUAAUGGAAGUUAUAUUCUAAAAAAUAUUACGAUGCUUAAAGACUGUGCUUACGAGUGUUGCUCAUAUUGAGUAGUUAUUAAUGUAGAACUUUAUUUAUAUCUCCUGUAUUUUUAAGUUUAUGUUACUACACUUUAAAAACACAUUUACAAUAUAAAAAUCAUCUAAUUAAGAAAAAAUCACAGUCUAUUAUGGUAGUCUUUGGGAAAAAUGAGAUAUUUGGGUAUUGUCGGAAAUAUACAAGGUGUAUUACUUGGAGUGGAGCACAGCUUAAUUUCUGAGGUCAAAUUUGGAUAAUUCAUUAAAUACAAUGAUGUUCUUUUUUAAUACGCAUCAAAGAUAUGUGGAAAAUUCGGAAUUUUAACAAUAUUUCAUUUCAUGAUCAAGCUGAAAAUUCAAGAAGGCAUGUUUUAUGGCAAAAAUUUUAAAAAUAGUAAUCUCAUUGGUGAUGCAUAUUAGUGAAGUAAAUAUUAUCUAAAAAUUUUUGUCCAAAUUUAAAUAAAAAGUAACGAAUUACACUAUUUUGAAAUCAAGAAUCUCCCAUUAAGCUGUGUUCUUCUUAAUAAAACACCCUAUAUAACAGUUAUAUGUAGGCCUGGCGUCUAAAUUUUGAGUGUCUCUGUAAUUGCGAGAAUAUAAUUAGAUCAGGGCGGUUCUGUUUUGAGGUAGAUGUGAGAGGGGGCAAGCAAUUUUUUUCUGGAUUA